GAUGAAGUGUCACCAGGCCAGUUCUUGACCAGACUGGAAGGCUUUGAAGGUCCAGAUGCCUCUGCCCACAACAGCAACAGCAACAACAGCCCUGGAUGGGGCUUCCGGACAGCCACGCAGGAGCAGACGCUGGACAAGGUCAACAAACGGAAGAUGAACAUGGUGAAACAAAAAAUCAACCAGGCAUACGCUGACCUUGACAUUGCUGUCCGCGGAAGUGCCUUGAUGGCAGAGGAAGACGACUGGCUGGUGGUGGAGCACGGUGGCCAUAAAGAAUCCACUGAGACCGGAGUGGAACAGUCGGAGCUGAAGAGGAGAGUUGAGCAUUGUAUGUCCGUGCGCCUCAAAUCGAGCAAGAGCAUCAAGCACAGCAAGGAGUACCUGAGCGCCAUCUACCCCCAGUUGUUCGAGUACUGUCUGGUGGUCGGGCUACGACCACUGGUGGACUCCAGUGGCUACGAGCCCUAUGUCAUCCACAAAUUCCCGGAAAAUCAGCGAAAUUAUAAAGUUGGAUCUCACGGUAAAAUCUACAUGUCGAUGCAAGAGGUGUCCAGCAAUCUGUCUGUGCCGAGCUUCUGCUUCCCAGACGCCGGCAUUUUCAAACCAGGCUCCGCCACAGCCGUCAGUGAGUCUUAUUCCUUUGUGAUGACCUACUCUGAUGGUUCCCGUGUUUAUGGAUACUGUCGAAGAGUUCAGCCUCCUGAUGCAAGUUUGCCAGAGGUGACCUGUAUCAUCAGUCCCAUCGAUGCCUUCAACAUGUACAACACCCUUCUCAAUGAGAUUGAGUCUCGUCGCAGAGUUUCCUCUGACCUUGCCAUGGAGGUCAUUGCCGCUUCCUUCGGUCGCCCGUUGCCCAAACCUGGCAGAGUCUGUAACAUCCGAACGCUGGAUAACAACGGCGAUAUGGAGACCAUUUUCCUCACCCGUUCGUCAGAUAAUAGGUUGGAAAACGUGAACUACGAGAGCCCCCUGUGCUACCUGGGCACAGACAAGCUGGUCAAGGUGUUCUCCGCCAUGCUCAUGGAGCGCAGGGUCAUGCUCUGCUCGGCCAACCUCUCUGUGCUGACGCAGACCGUCCAUGCUCUGGCGGCGCUGAUGUACCCGUUCCAGUGGCAGCACGUGUACAUCCCGCUGUUGCCCCAGGAGAUGCUGGACGUGGUGUGUGCUCCCAUGCCCUACAUCCUCGGCGUGCUGUCCGCCUUCCUGCCCAGCGUGCUCAAGAUGGAGAUGGAGGAGGUUCUGAUUGUUGACUUAGAUAAGAAGUCCAUAGUUCGGAGCUACGGCGACGAGUCGACCAUAAUACCUAGGAAGCUACAGCGGGCCUUGAAAACUGCCAUCAACAUGUGCAAGAUAGACACUGAUGCCAGCAACGCCCAGUGGCUGAUGAUAGCAGAGGCCUUCCUGCGCAUGUUUAUCGAAGCCAUAGGCCACUUUGGGAACCAUAUACGCACCCAACAGGAUGGCAACAGAAUAUUUCAGAAAGAGGGCUUCAUUCUGGAGAUGGUCUCCAAGGAGAUGCGGCAGUUCUUGGAGUGGUUCACGGAGACACAGAUGUUUGAGGUGUUCAUCUGCAACCACCUUGAGAAAGCCGACUACGGCACCAACGAUUUGUUUGUGCAGCGGCUGGCAGAAAACAAGGAGACCAAGGAUUAUUCUCGCAGGCACAAAGGGCUCGGGGCCAAGGUGAAGAACUUUGGCAAAGCGCUGAAGACUAAGCUGCAAGCAUCCUGAUGAAAGUUAUGCUAGAACUAGAAGGAGUUGUUGCCGUGGAAACCACCUGAGGCUUGAGUUCAAUUUCCAUCGUGUGUGGUUGGAGCUGCCCCUGUCAUUUUUGUAUAUAUAUAUUUCUCUGUAUUUCUACGAAUGUCCAAUUUUCAGGGGGUUUCUUGUUGGCCGUUUUUUAAAAAUGAAUGAUGUUCUGCCAUUUUGAAUGUGGUGAUAAAUGUCAUUCUGUCUGAUGCAUAAUCCAGCAAGCUUGCUCAAAGUGGCUUCCCUUAUUUGAAAAAUUCUUCAGAAAGACAUAAUGGAUCUCUACAAUGCAAUUGGUGUUAUUCUAAAUUGUCAACAUUGUCAUGAGUAUAUUCUA